AGAAACUGAUGCAUAUUGGUGCACACAAGUUGUUUGCCCUGACUCCCGAGGGAGAUGUACUGGUUGAUGCCAUAAAUUUGCUAUUGCACUAUGACAUAAAGGGCAUUAAGCUUCAGAUGUUCCUUGUGAUGGCCGCAUGCUGGACUUCAAAACACAUGUUUUUCAUGAAAGACUUGUUCGACACACGUUGUUUAGGAUGCAUGAGGACGGAAAUGCCCUAGAACCACCUUUGUUCUUCUUCUUAUGAGCUCUGAUUCAGUGGCAUGAAUAGGAAAUUAGCAAGUGUUAGGAACAUGAAUGGGGAAUCAUUAGGUACCUCCAAGGGAAUUAUGGUUGCAGACCAAUGUGGCUGCUAUUGACACACUCAUUUGUCAAGAUUGUGGAUCAUAGAUAAUUUAUUGGAAUGAGCCUGGUAUUUGUUCGGUUCCUCUCAGUUACAGAUCCAAUCUUAAUUCCCUACAAACAUGCCAAGAGUUGUUGAAAGCAGAGUUGGGCAGAAGGUAUAUUAUGAUGGCCCUGAUGACCAACAUGCCUGAUGUUCAUGGAUUGAUGCAUGGUUGAUAUUUCCAAACAAAAGAAGACGAUGUCAUCUUCGCAGAAAGGCGAAGUCCCUCUAUUGUUUGUGCCUACCGCUCGUAAACAAGAGUUCAGUGACCAGUUUAUAUACAUUUUGGGACAUCAAUGACAAAUCCACUCAUCUCAUCUCGGAAUAGUUCAUGAACCAACGCUCUGCUUAUCCUCUUUUUAGGAAACAACAUCUCGGUGGCGGUCGGCCUUCUCGGGCUCAGGCGUGCCAGCAACUCGCACCCGCCGUCUUCCUCGGCCCGUGCAAGGCGCGCACCGAGGACCGAGCUCAGCGCGGCUGCAGCCUGGGCCCCUCCACCGGAUGGAGGAGCGGGGCCUCGUCGGUGCCGGCAGCCGGCGUUCUUCCCGGCGUCGUGGUUUGGGGCAAGGAGGAGAAGCCCUUGGAGCUCGUCUCCAUGCGGCGCUCACUUGCAGUAUCAUCUCGCGCACCAAUUAAUCAAGGGAAGUGGCUACACUGGAAACCAUGGAAGAGCGCUGGUAGAUUCUGAAAGGCGAAUUGAGAUGUUGCGGUUCCAAAUGCGGAAUGUCGUAUGAUCGAGAGAUGUUUCUUACUACACACAACUCAACUGUCCGCCUGCGCUGAUUGAAACUACAAAAGUACUAGUAAUUGAUUCUUUGCUUUCAGGUCUGUGAGGAAGGAUGUUUCAUGGAAACCAUGAGAGCUAGUGAUGGCGAUGAAGAAAGAAGAAAAGUGAAAUGGAUCGACCAUUUCAAGUUCUCCACUCUAGCAUGGUUCUUCAUCGAUCAUUGUGUCCAGAAACAAUGCUAGUGCUCGUCUUCUAAUUUAUUCAAACCAUUCCACACCCAAAAUACAUAAGGGAAAAAUUUCGGUACAGUUUUUGCUCCGAUUUUCCGUUGUGUACUUGUUCAUCUCCAUACUAGGAAGAAACUCUCUUUCAGCCUAGUGACCCACACCUUUAGAGGAAAUAAAGUCUGCCUUUAGGGUUCUUGUACCUGUUUCCCAUAGUUUGUCUUUCUGCAACAAGAUCUCUGCAUCCACACACACACAUACACACAAAAAAAAACUUUCCUCCUUAGCUUGACACAUACACCCAAAAAACCUGCAUUCUGAUGGCUUUAGUGGCGUUAGCUGGCUUAAGAUUGGCCGCAUCGCCGGUCUUGAAGAAGCUUCUUGCUAAUGCUUCAACAUACCUUGGAGUGAACAUGGCCCGUGAGCUCCACGAACUGGAGACCACUAUCAUGCCACAGUUCAAGCUGGUGAUUGAAGCAGCAGACAGGGGAAACCACAGGCUCAUUCUGGACAAAUGGCUUCAGGAACUCAAAGAAGCCUUCUACAUGGCUGAAGACUUGCUGGAAGAGCAUGAGUAUAACCUCCUCAAGCGCAAAGCAAACGGGAAGGAUUUGCUGCCGGCUAAUGCCUCCUCAAUCAGCAGCACUCUUAUGAAGCCUCUGCGUGCUGCAUCGAGCAGGCUGUCCAAUCUGAGCUCAGAGAACAGAAAGCUACUUUGCCAGCUGAAUGAACUGAAGGCUACCUUGGCAAAAGCCAAGGACUUCCGUGAACUGCUCUGCUUACCAGCUGGUUCUAAUAAUGCAGAGUGCCCCACCUUACCAUCAGCUGCUGCUGUUCCUGAGGCCACAUCGCUACCACCUCUUAAAGUUAUAGGUCGUGACAUGGAUCGCGAUCAUGUAAUAGAUCGUCUUAUGAAAACAACUGCUAAUGGGUCUAGUACAGCUAUGUACUCGGGUUUGGCCAUUGUUGGAGUUGGAGGCAUGGGAAAGUCCACCUUGGCACAGUAUGUUUACAAUGACAAGAGGGUAAAAGAAUAUUUUGAUGUGAAAAUGUGGGUAAGCAUCUCACGCAAACUUGAUGUCCGUCGUCAUACACGGGAGAUCAUCGAGUCUGCCUCUCAGGGAGAAUGCCCACGCAUUGAUAACCUUGAUACUCUGCAGUGCAAGUUGACAGACAUACUGCAAGAAUCAGGGAAAUUCCUGCUUGUGUUGGAUGAUGUCUGGUUUGAACCUGGCAGUGAGAGGGAAUGGGACCAACUGCUAGCUCCUCUAGUUUCCCAACAGAUCGGAAGCAAAAUUUUGGUAACUUCUCGGCGGAAUACAUUUCCAGCUGCUCUUUGUUGUGAAGAAGUGUGUCCUCUGGAGAACAUGGAAGAUACUCAGUUCUUGGCACUCUUCAAACACCAUGCAUUCUCUGGACCAGAAAUCAAAGAUCGGCAGUUGCGUGAAAUGUUGGAAGAUCUUGCACAGAAGAUUUCUAAAAGGCUUGGAAAAUCUCCUUUGGCAGCAAAAGUUGUGGGUUCCCAGUUGAAAGGAAAAACAUAUACCACUGCAUGGGAGGAUGCUCUAACUAUAAAGAUCGACAAAUUAAGUGAACCCAUUAGAGCUCUGUUGUGGAGUUAUGAGAAAUUAGAUCCAUGUGUGCAGAGAUGCUUCCUAUAUUGCAGCUUGUUUCCAAAAGGUCACAGGUAUGAUGUUCGUGAGUUGGUUCAUCUUUGGACGGCGGAGGGUCUUGUUGAUUCGUGCAAUCAAAGUAAGAGUGCGGAAAAUGUUGGGUGGGAUUGCAUCAGCGAGAUGAUCUCUGUGUCGUUCGUUCAACACCUUUAUGGUUGCCCUGUCCGGUUUGGUAUGCAUGAUCUCCUUCAUGAUCUGGCGGAAUCACUAUCUAAAGAAGAGUACUUCAGAUUGGAAGAUGAUAGGGUGACAGAAAUACCAUCCACUGUUAGACAUCUAUCUGUUUGUGUUGAUAGUAUGAUGCAACAUAAGCAAAGUAUCUGCAAGCUACUUCAUUUGCGUACUAUAAUCUGCAUAUACCCCAUAAUGGAUGAUGUAGGUGACAUUUUCAAUCAGAUACUACAGAAUUUGAAGAAGUUGCGUGUGUUAGGUUUGUCAUCUUACAGCAGUAGUAAGUUGUCAGAAUCUGUUGGUAAGUUGAAGCACCUUCGGUAUUUGAACAUCAUCAGAACGUUUAUUUCUGAAUUGCCAAGAUCACUGUGUACGCUUUACCACUUGCAGUUACUUCUGUUAAAUGAAAAAGUUAAUAGAUUGCCAGAGAAAAUCUACAAUUUAAGGAAGUUACGACAUCUUGAACGGCAUAGUGAUUAUAUUGACACGUCAUGCGAAAAAGUACUGCCUCAAAUUCCUAACAUUGGCAAGCUAACUUCGCUUCAAAAAUUUGAGAAAUUUUCUGUGCAAAAGAAAAAGGGAUAUGAGUUACAGCAGCUAAGGGACAUGAAUGAGCUUCGUGGCACUUUGAGUGUCACAAAUCUCGAGAAUGUCACUGGAAAGGAUGAAGCCUUAGAGUCGAAGUUGCAUCAGAAAAGUCAUCUUAGAAGAUUGGAACUUGUCUGGAGUUGCAAGAAUAACCUGAAUGCAGAAGAUAGUUUACAUUUGGAGAUUCUAGAAGGUCUGAUGCCACCGCCUCGACUUGAAAGCCUUGCAAUUGACGGAUACAGAUCUUCUAUAUAUCCGGGCUGGUUAUUUUAUGGUUCGUAUUUUGAGAAUUUGAAAUAUUUAAGGUUUGUUAAUUGCAGUGCGUUACAAAGCCUACCGAAUAAUAUUGAGCUAUUUGUGAACUGCUGUUCACUUACCCUCAAGAAUGUUCCAAACCUGAAGACAUUACCUUGUCUUCCACUAGGCCUUAAAAUGUUAACAGUAGACAAAUGCCCACUGCUUAUAUUUAUUUCCUACGAUGAACUGGAAGAUCAUGAUCAGAGAGAAAAAAUCAUGACGACAGACCUUUUGGCAUCACAACUUGGUUUAAUCUGGGAGGUGGAUUCUGGAUCAGAUAUUAGCACUGUACUAUCGUCGCAAUAUUCCUUUCUAAAGGAACUGAUGAUAUUAAUGCAUGCUGAUGUGUCACAUGUUCCAAACCUUGAAAAUUCUCUAGAAAGAGAGAAAGGCAAAGUAUUGGUAAAAGAGGAUAUCAUCAAGGCAUGGAUAUGCUGUCAUGAGGAGAGGAUGAGACUUGUGUAUGGAAUGAGCAUUGCGCUGCCGCUGGUUCUACCAUCAGGACUUAGUGACCUUUCUCUUUCUUCAUGCAGUAUUACAGAUGGAGCUUUAGCUAUUUGCCUUGAUAGCCUGCCUUCACUGAGAAGUUUGUGCUUAGUUGAGAUUAUGACUUUAACUACACUUCCUUCAGAAGAGGUCCUCCAACAUUUGACAGAACUUUGGAACUUGUCCAUCCAAUCUUGCUGGUGUCUCAGGUCAUUAGGGGGCUUAUGUGCUGCUACCUCUCUUUCAUCUAUUGGAUUGACUUCAUGCCCUUCUUUAGAGUUGGUUCGUGGAGCAGAAUGUUUGCCGUUAUCCCUUGAGGAUCUUAGUAUAGAGAAUUGCGUGCUUGCAGCUGAUUUCCUCUGUGCUGACUGGCCACACAUGGAUAGUAUUCGCAUACGCAAAUGUAGAAGCACCGCAUGCUUAUUUGUUGGUAGUCUCACCUCUGUUAAAUCAUUCUCACUGCAUCACUUGCCAGAUUUAUGUACGCUUGAAGGAUUAUCUUCCCUGCAACUUCGCCACCUAUAUUUGGUAGAUGUUCCAAAACUCACCCCCGACUGUAUCUCACAGUUUAGUGUCGAGUGCUCACUCUGUGUUAGCAGUCCUGUAAUACUCAACAGCAUGCUCUCGGCUGAAGGUUUGACAGUUCCAGAAUAUCUCUGUCUUGAAGGAUGCAAGGAACCAUUCGUUUCAUUCGAAGAAUCCGCAAAUUUCACAUCUGUCAAGAUCCUGAGAUUCUAUGAUUGUCAAAUGAUUUCCCUGCCAACAAAUCUUAUGUGCUUCUCUAGUCUGAAGAAGCUCAAAAUCCAUAGCUGCCUCAACAUAUCAUCUUUACCAGAUUUGCCAUCCUCCCUCGAGCACAUAUGCGUACGGAAUUGUUGUGAGCUAUUGAAGGAGAGCUGCCGAGCUCCUGAUGGAGAAAGUUGGCCAAAGAUCGCGCAUAUCCGCUGGAAGGAAUUUAGUCCCUCCGAUUCAUAUUAAUUGACUCCAAUAUGGAUGUAUCUAGAACUAAAAUAUGUCUAGAUACAUCUAUAUUAGAGUCAAUUAAUAUGAACCGGAGGGAGUAGUUGAAGUGUGAUUUAGAUUCCCACCUACAAAUAAACGGAAAGGCUCGUUGAACUGGACUGAACUAUCUGGUACUUGGACCCUAUUCUGCCUGCGGUUGAACUACCAUUGACAAGCCUACAUUACAUAAUGUCAGUUCAGCAAGAUGAUUGGUCAUCAUAUUCUCUCUCUCUUGAACAUCAUAGACCUGGGGUGGCAGCAUGAAGACUUCUAACCAUCUUCUUGAGGCAUGCGUGGAUGCAACCGGCAAAAUGCAAGACGUGCUCAUUCAGUUGGUACACCAUUUGGUUCAGUAAAUUUUCUCCUUUUGAAGGCUGUCGCAGACAGAUGCCCGUUAACGGUGCGGUCGGAGCCCUAACUCCCUGUUCCGACACGGUUCGAGCCAGUCAAGCUCACUCUUCCUCUCCCGCGCGCGCACUGAGGCGAUGGUGGCGGGGAAUUCACCUGACUAGCUCUCCGGCCGACGGCGGUGAGGAAACCAAGCAUGGAGCUGGGGAAUAUGGCGAGGUGCCGAGCUUCCUCGCGGCGGACAGUGAUUGCUGUGGGAGCUCGAACCCAAUGAAAGUGAAGUUUUGUUCGCCGGAGAAGGCGGCCGCUGUUGCAGUGGCCAUGGUCUGGAAGUGUAGUGCAGCCGAUGGACAUCCGGAUUCAUCGGCAGCGUUGAGAAGGCCUUCAUUUGCUCCAGCACCUACUGAACCUUUGAUCAUUUUCAAAGUCUUACAUUGAGACAGUGCAGCGAGGGGAUAAGCCUUCUGGGAGUAAGCAAUACGUGUAGCCAAAGCUCGGCUACGGAUCCAACUCCCACUUGAGCGAGGACGGAUCAUACUCCGAAGCCCAGGAGAACUAUAUCCGUUCCUAUCACUAGAACGGGAACGCUCCUGAUUUCCACGCUGGGGAGCCUUCCCGUCCUGAGCCUCCAGGCGUCGCCAUGCCAGAAGCGGCGGCUGCCAUACGUGAACUGACAGCCCUUGCAAAGCAACCGUUGAGCGACACGUCUGGGGCAGCUGGUGAGAUGCAGAUGAAUGGUGUCCAGAGCUUGUCAAUGGUGCCGCGAGUGAUGCUGGACGAGGCGAGAUCGAAGAACAGGUGGAAGCCAUCUAAGUAACAGCCGCGCCAACCAACACUAGAAGGAGGGCCAUCGAAGUACAUCUAGCAGUUUGUCAUAAGUAUGUGGUAUCUCGGUUGCCGUGAUAGCUAAAGAUGGAACAAAACCAGUCAUGCUCAAAUCUUUGCUAUGUGAUUUAGGUUGUGUAUAAUACUACUCUACACUGAAAAAAUAACAGGAAAAGAUUCUUAUGGUAGUGCCUUUUGCAGAAAUUUG